CGUCCUAUCUAUCCUAGUGGUCCUUAAACGCAGCACUUUUUGUGCUCCUGCAUGUAGCGGUACAGCCAACAACGUCUGCAACCGGACUACGAAUCUAAAAAAUGCCCGUAGAUUUGAGCCAGUGGACCGGGCCUCUUGCCCUGCCGGAGGUCGAGGAGAAGCCUGCACAGCCUCUGACCGUUAAAUACGACUCUGUGGAAAUCGACGAGCUUGGCAAAGUGCUCACGCCAACACAGGUGCAGAAUCGACCCACCUGCGUGGAGUGGGAAGGAUGUGACUCCAGUAAGUUGUAUACUUUGGCCCUGACCGACCCUGACGCUCCCAGCAGGAAAAACCCGAAAUUCAGGGAGUGGCACCACUUUCUGGUUGUCAAUAUGAAAGGGAAUGAUGUGUCGUCUGGCUGCGUCUUAUCGGACUACGUGGGCUCUGGUCCUCCCAAGGGCACAGGUCUCCACAGGUACGUGUGGUUGGUGUAUGAGCAGCCAGGCAGCCUGUCCUGCACCGAGACCGUCCUGACUAACCGGUCUGGAGACGGCCGCGGCACAUUCAAGAUCCAGAGUUUCAGGCAGAAAUACAACCUGGGAGCCCCGGUGGCGGGAACCUGCUACCAGGCCGAGUGGGACGACUACGUCCCCAAACUGUACGAGCAGCUGGCCGGAAAAUAAAUGGAAAGACCUGACUCGAGCGUUCAGCACUAGGAAUUCCCACUAUAGGAAACUCCCAUUCGUGUAAGAAGCAAAAACCCCAACAGAAACAAAGCAUUUUUUUUUUUUUUUGUGUGUGCCACUGAAUAGUUUAGUUUAUUGAAUUGAAUAUUAUUUCCCCCUCUAUGUUGCCUACCUGUGACAAAAAUAACUGCUCCUCUGAAUGAUGUCACCUGCACUCAUCUGCAAUAAAUCUAGUAAACACUGAAAUAGU